UCAGCUGCUGCUGGUCGUAGCAGUUAAUCGUUAUCAUUUGACCUGACAUCGGAAAAACGUUAUUUAUGUUAAUUUUAAAUACUUAGCAGUUUUGCAAAGAAUACCGACAUAAACAAAUAAAUUAUAAAUACAUAUUUUUAAUAUUCAAAUUAUCAAUUAUGUUCAUCGUAACGUACUCGUCUAUUUAGUGUGUGCGUAUUAUUAUAUAAUAUAAUUGGUAUUUUAUAAUAAUUUCCAUAUAAACACCACAGUCCACAGUGUCAAUAGUGGUGUGAGUCGUGCAAUUAACGACUCGCCCAUAACUAUAUAGCUGUUUGUUUAUUCUUCGUUACUGUCAUAUAGUGAUUUCAAGAUUAUGGAUGCCAAUGAGUCAGUUGACUGUUCAAUGGCACUUAUUGACUGGAGUACUCCUGAAAUGGUGAAAAAUAAAACUUACGAUGGGAAUUGUAUAAAUAACCCGUUUGAUAUACUGGAGUUGCAAGCAGCAAAUAUGGAUCCUUUUGAUUUAGUCCCUAAACAAACUCCAUUAAGAGGAGAUCCACCGUGUGGUAACAUAUUGAGUCCUCUGUGGGAAUCAAAAGUCAGCAGGCGAAUUCACAAAAGUGUAUCAUUAACAGACAUUCAUGGUGUUGUAAAACUUUUGGAACAAGACUACAUAGAACACAACCAAGAUAACUUUGUGAAGAACCAAUCAAAAGAUGAUUAUGCUACACCUGAAAGUGUUGGCACUAAAAUUAUUGAUCAGUCAAUAGAAAAUAAUGUCUUAGUUCAUAUAGUUGAAAACAAAAUAGAAAAUCAAGAGCCACCAAACAAAUUGGUUUUAGUACCAGAUGAGAAUGAGGUGGAUAUAGAAAAAAAUUCUUAUUGUAACGAACAAGAAAAAAAACAAAUUAGAGAGCAAACACGGCAACGAAUUGAAAAUCUUAUUGAGAAAGAGAAAAAAAAUUAUGAAGAAUGUUAUUCUAGAAAAUCAUUAUUUUGUACACCAAAGCGUAGUAACACGGAGUCAAAUUUAAUUAAAAAUCUAAAUUCAAGUGUGUUAAAUAGAGGAUUCAUAGGGAGUUUUAAUAUAAAUUCCAAUAGUAUUAAUAAAACACCUGAUAAUAUUAUUGAUAUAAAUGAAAACAUAACGUCAAACGAUAGUUUGGCAUUUCCAUUCCAUGAACUAAACUCGUUUGAUCUUAAUUCUUUGAAACCUGAAUGGGUGGUGGAUAACUUCAGCGAUAGUGAUGGACCUAGUGAGGAACCUAGUGAGGAACCUAUUGAGGAACCUAGUGAGGUUUCAUCAGUAAAUUCUGUAACAGAAAUUAGACCAACUGAAAAUAAUCAUCAAGUAGAUGUCAAGUUGAAAACUCUUAGUCGUUUAGGCGUGAUUGAAUCAAAACCAAUUGGAAGUCAAACUGUUUUGAAGUCCAUGCAAAAUAAAAGAAUCCAAACCAAAGGUCCGUUUAUAGCCAAUGUCCCAAUUAAACACAUGGUGCAUAAUUUCAAGGAUGUAGAAAUGAAAGAUGUCAGUCAUGGUUCUGUUAGUCCACGUAAAAUGAAACCAAUAGCUUCUUCUACACCAACAACAUCAGAUAUUGUUACUAUAGUUAAAACUCCUUCAACUGCUGAGUCUUCUAUUAAAUCAAGGACUAGCUUAUCACGCCGAUCAAUGCCCAAUUCUGCAAGCCCAGGAACACCAUUAAAUGUUACAAAGUGUAUUAAAAAGAAUUCAACUAAUACUACAAUUGUUUUGUUUGGCAAGUCUAAUGAAAGAAAUACUGAAAUAUUGCGAUCGUUUAAAUUAAACAAAUCAAAGUCUGAAAGUAAAAUUGCGAUGAUAUCUAAACCUAAUGUAAUGAAUACAACUAAAAUAAGUGGCUUGCCAGUUUCAAAACGGUUUACUAUGUCAUUCAAAGGGAAAGAAAAUGUACAACCUCAGUGAAUUAUUAUAAUUAGUAUACACAUAAUAUUAAAUAUUUUUAAGUCAUUUUAAAUUAUAUUUUAUAAAUAGAUAAUUGUACUAAUGUUUUUUUUAUUAUUAUGUGAUUUGUUAACAGUCAUUGAAGCGAACACUUUUCUUUUUAUAAAUAAAACGCUAAUUUUUAAAGUCUGAUGUUUUAUAAACAUAUACAUUUAAUUUUUUUUAUUAUUAUUAUUUAGAAAAAUCAGAAUAAAAACUCGUUUUCUAA